AUGGUUGCCGUGCUCUGUAUCCCGCGCUGUCAGCACGUGGUUCUCGCAUGCUGGGGUCGAUGCAGGCACAUGGAAUGCACAGCCCUGCACCACAAGCACUCAGUCGCCGGCUCUGUCUUGUGGUCCCAGCAGGCUGUGCUCACUUCAGAUGAACGAAUAAAGGUGUUGCUGGAGUGGACCUGGGCCACGGACCCAAAGGCGUCUCUGAAGGCGCCGCUGAGUCCAGUCCGCACUGUCAGACUUCGCCCUUGCUGGUGUGGCUGCUUUGGAAGGGAGGAAACCUUCGGAGGAAGCCCCAAAUUGUGUAAGCUUCAGACCUCUGAACAGGGGCAGCUCUACUGGCUGACUGACUACCUGAGCACCCAGGGAAGUUUCCAAACACCACUGACUGGGGUGGGCCGCAGGCCGGGUCUAAGAGUUCCAGAAGCAAACCUGGAGGUGAGACGUGAAGAAAGUCAAAGCCAUGCCAAUGUUGUACAUUACCAAGAAGCAGAUUCUGUCUCUGAGACACCCACCAUCAACGUAGAUGAGGAAGAUGGGGGUCUCCAAGUCUGCCGAGUAUGUGGGGACAAAGCCAAUGGCUAUCACUUCAAUGUCAUGACAUGCGAAGGAUGCAAGGGCUUUUUCAGGCGGGCCAUGAAACGCAACGCGCGGCUGAGGUGCCCCUUCCGCAAGGGCGCGUGCGAGAUCACGCGCAAGACGAGGCGGCAGUGCCAGGCCUGCCGCCUGCGCAAGUGCCUGGAGAGCGGCAUGAAGAAGGAGAUGAUCAUGUCCGAAGCGGCCCUGGAGCAGAGGCGGGCCUUGAUCAAGAGGAAGAAGCGGGAACGGGUGGAGACCCAGCCGCCCGGCGUUCAGGGGCUCACGGAGGAGCAGCAGAGGCUGAUCAGGGAGCUGAUGGAAGCUCAGAUAAAAACCUUCGACACCACCUUCUCCCAUUUCAAGGACUUCCGGCUGCCAGAGGUGUUUGGCAGUGGGCGUGAGAUGCCACAGUUUCUACAGACCCCACUGGAGGAAGACAAGUGGAACCAGAUCAAGAAAGAUCUGUGUACUGUGAAAAUCUCUCUGCAGCUGCGGGGAGAAGAUGGCAGUACCUGGAACUACAAACCCCCAGAUAACAGCGACGGGAAAGAGAUCAUUUCCCUGCUGCCCCACCUGGCUGACCUGUCAACCUACAUGUUCAAAGGCGUCAUCAAUUUUGCCAAAGACAUCUCCCACUUCAGGGACUUGCCCAUCGAGGACCAGAUCUCCCUCCUAAAGGGGGCCACCUUUGAGAUGUGCCUACUGAGGUUCAAUCCAACGUUCAACGAAGAGACUGGGAUCUGGGAGUGUGGUCGGCUGGCCUACUGCUUCAAAGACCCUGAAGGUGGCUUUCAGAAACUUCUCCUGGAUCCCAUCAUGAAGUUCCACUACACGCUGAAGAAGCUGCAGCUGCAUAAGGAGGAGUAUGUGCUGAUGCAGGCUAUCUCCCUCUUCUCCCCAGACCGCCCAGGUGUGAUGCAACGUGCAGUGGUGGAACAGCUGCAGGAGCGAUUUGCCACCACCCUGAAGGCCUACAUUGAGUGUGUCCGGCCCCAGCCUGCACACCGGUUCCUGUUCCUGAAGAUCAUGGCCGUGCUCACCGAGCUGCGCAGCGUCAAUGCCCAGCACACCCAGCGGCUUCUGCGCAUCCAAGACACGCACCCCUUUGUCACUACGCCCCUCAUGCGGGAGCUGAUAAGCAGCACGGAUGACUGAGUGGUGGCCCUUGGGUGGAGCCUCGGUGGGACAGCCAGACUCCGAGCGCUCUGAGAUGCCACUUCUGAGGCUGGAUGGAUGGACAGUGCUGACAGCUGACCACAGCAGAGUGGCAUUCCUUAGGCACCCCAUCCCCCAGUUCAGUCUGUAGAGAGGGAAGCCAUGGAUCCUGUAUGGAGAGCACACUGGCCUACAGGUCAGGCCCACCGGAGAAGCAGGGCUGUGCUUCCCUUAGAGAAGGCCCUGUGGUCUGGGAAUAAAUCCCGAAAUCCCACUAAAGUGCCAUGUGGGACAGGGAAAGGAGUGAUGGGGCUGAGCCCCGACAGCACCCAUGUCAUACCCAUGUUCACUGGCUGGAGUCUCUUGCUACCUCUAACAGUCCUGCCUCCCCCUUCCCACCCACUGGACCAACCCCGAUCUUCCCCGCUAAGCUGCUGUUGGGCUGCGGUUCCAGGCCUGUGCUCAUCAGCAGGUGCACUGGUGUCUGUGGGAGUCUUCUAGAGAAGCCAGGAGGCCUGCACUGUGUCAGAAGCUUGUGGUGACCUCAUGUUGGGUCUCUGCAUCCACUCAAGCACAUUAUUAAGUACCAGCAUGCUGUGGGAUAUAUACUAUUGACGCAGAUGUGGACUUGACCUCAGAGCUUACAGUUAAGAAAACAAAGCUGGAACACAACACGGAUCAAAGGGGCAAGUGAAGGGCUGGGGAUUUACCUCAGCGGCAAAAGCGCCUGCCUGGCAUGCGCAAGGUCAUGAGUUUGGUUCCCGGUACCGGAGAAAAACCAAAAAAAAAAAAAGACAAAGGGGCAAGUGGCACUUGACAUACACCCAGGGAAUGUCUCUGAGUGGACACUGACUGCACUGGAGAUCUGGGGGUACCUAGGGCCACAAUGAGGGUUCUGAGGACCUGUUUCUGGGAGGAAGGGGUGGGAACCGUAUGGUUUGGUAUGGGCAGUCUGCUCCCCACCGGACUGGGUCCUGGCUUUGCCCCUGAGGGGGAAACACUGAGGUGCUUGGUGACAUGGCUGUGGUGACUGUUGGCUAAUAAACAUGCUAGAGGAGAAUCAU